AUGUCGUUUUCAAGCCUUGUCCAGGACCUGUCCCUCCGGGACUCAAACGGGCUUCGCAGGCGCGGCGAUGCCUCCGUCUCGACCGUCGAUGACCGCGCAUCGCACAUCUCGCUGGCCAAGUCGUACACUAGUACGGCUGCCACCAGCGUGAGCAUCUCGGGCGACAUUUCGAGCCAGCUCCACGCCGGCUACUGCCACCCGCUGGCGAGAACAUGGCAGGCUGAGCGUCAGCUUACAAAGUCCAUGCUCAUCUAUCCUCUCUUCAUCUCGGAUCAAGACGACGAGGAGACCCUGAUCCCGUCGUUGCCGAACCAAUAUCGCCGCGGCAUCAAUCGUCUGGUACCCUUCCUCGAGCCUCUUGUGCGCAAGGGCCUGCGCUCCGUCAUUCUGUUCGGCGUGCCCCUGAAGCCUGGCACCAAGGACGCUCUGGGCACUGCUGCCGAUGAUCCGGAAGGUCCCGUGAUCCGCAGCAUCCGCCUGCUGCGCCAACGCUUCCCGCAGCUCUACAUCAUAGCUGACGUGUGCUUGUGCGAGUAUACCUCCCACGGCCACUGCGGUAUUCUGCGCGACGAUGGCAGCCUCAACAACCAGCUUUCGGUCGAUCGCAUCUCGGAUGUGGCCGUCGCCUAUGCUAAGGCCGGCGCCCACUGUGUGGCCCCUUCCGACAUGAACGACGGUCGCAUCCGCGCGAUCAAGCUCAAGCUAAUUGAGGAGGGCAUUGUCCAUAGCGUGACGCUCAUGUCGUACGCGGCCAAGUUCUCGGGCUGCCUGUACGGGCCGUUCCGUGAUGCUGCCGGGUCGGCUCCCUCGUUCGGCGACCGUCGCUGCUACCAGCUUCCUCCCGGCGGCCGUGGUCUGGCUCGCCGGGCUAUCAUGCGCGACAUCCACGAGGGUGCUGACAUCAUCAUGGUCAAGCCCGCGGGUCAGUACCUUGACAUCAUCAGCGAUGCCAAGGAGCUGGGCCGCGAUUUGCCCAUCGCCGCGUAUCAGGUCAGCGGCGAGUUUGCCAUGAUCCACGCGGCCGCCAAAGCUGGCGUGUUUGACCUCAAGGGCAUGGUUUUUGAGAGCCACGAAAGCAUUCUCCGCGCCGGCGCGACUAUUAUUAUUAGCUACUUUACGCCCGAGCUUUUGGAUUGGCUGUCCAACUGA